AAUGCACAGAAACAGGUGAGCUCCUCAAUACAAAAUGUAGAAUGUGCAUGAAAUCAACUUUAAGGAUGGGAUAAUAAUAUUAAUGGUUUCUGACGAUUAUGGUAAUGAUGAUUAUUAUAUUUUCUCAUAGAUUUGAAUUCUCUUGCCCAAGGAGCUAGUGACAAUGGGGAAUCAAACCAUGCUUUUUGUCCUGCUUUUGUUGAUGAUGAGUAAGUAUUGUCUCUUCUCAGUAUGAAGCUGAUGAGAAAAACUUGUAUUGAAUUGCACAUAUUAAAUAUAUUCUUUCCUUUGUCCCCACUUAUAUUUAGUCUUUAAGGCUAUAAACCCAACAUAUUUUUCCAUAUUAAUUUCCCUUGUGUAAACAUUUUAUCUUUCGUAUCUCAACAGGUAGGGUGACCAAUGCUGUUUCUGGUGAGUUUACCAUGUCUAAUAACUGAUUUCAACCCACUUAGCAAAACAAACAAUUUCCUUAAAGGGAUACUUUCUCAAAAUGAUGAUCCAAUCGUAAUUGUUUUCUUACCUUGAGUGGAGUUAUGCGACUGUGUUAGAUUUUUUAUACAAGCUCUAUAGAAUGCCCUGUGAAGUAAUCUAUGCCUACAAUGUCAUAGUUUACUUCAUGUAUGAAUAGUCAAUAGCUCACACACUUCCAUUAGACUUAUAUUGCAACAAUAUCACUCAAGAAAAUCUGUGUUUGACUUUGAAUUAAAGGUUUUGGAACAUAACUGUUUUAAUCCUUUUUUGGUCACAUAACUCCUGUCAAGGUAAGAAAAUAAUAAAGAUUGAGUCAAAAUGUGCUUCAGUAAGAGAAGGUUGAAUGUGCAGAAUGCUGUCUCUGCACACUUCGUCAUUAUCAUGAUUAUUUUUAUUUGACAAAAUCCAUUAUGACAAGGUGCAGACAAUGCAUGUGAUAGAGUAAAAGGCCAGUUUAUACUUGGUAUGUAGAUCAUUGGGGUAAAGCACCUUUCAAUGUGACAAGUGUCGCUGGUCAAAACUAUAUUUAGUUUAUACUCCGGUGGAAUGACUGUUGACCGUUGCUGCGACUGUCGGUUUCCUUGUCGUGGUUACUGGGCUGCUACAGCAAUAAGACCAAAUCCAUGUGACGAGACAGUGCAGGAGUUCUAAAAUCCUCAGAUAGAAUGACCUACAUUUAUUGAAAGAACUUGUUUCAUUUCCUCCAGUUCAAAAACAGAGUAGGCUUAUGUUUAUCAUCCAUAUAAAAUACAGUUUAGCCUAUCUACUACCGACUCAUCUUCAAGAACAAUAGGCUGGCUACCUGCCGAUUUCAUGGAUCAUUUUCAUAUUUCAGAUAGGCCUAGUUUGGGUGGCUACUGGCUGUAUGUCUAAAGAUAAGCAGCUGAAACAACGCACUGCCUUCAAUAUUAUGGGAUUUUAUUAUGAUAUUUGUGAGGAAGAACAGAGCUACCUGGCUGGCAACGAGCAUUCUGCAGGCACAAGUAGGCCGUAUGAUCUGGAAACCAGAGUAGUGACAUGAUAUAUGAUAUAUAGCAAAAUAGUUUUGCUAAAUACUUUACUCAUAAGAUUGUGCUGCUUUCUUCUGUUUUUGUAAUAAUUGCUUAACGAGUCUGUGACCGAGGUUGCUGGAUUUUCUUUUUUGGGGGUACCCUUUUUGUUGUUUGAGCACUUGCCCCCCAUAAAGGUUGUUGCACGGCCCUGAGUUGGAUGACAGGGUCAGCCGCAGUGUAGUGCCCCUGGAGCAGUUUAGAGCCUUGCCCUUUAGUUGCCAGCCCACUCUCUACUUGAUUCUCCCAAGUCUGCGCUUGGAUUUGAACAGGCGACCCUCCGGUUACUGGCAUGCCUUACAUUACACUGAGAAUAGCUACGUCAGGAUUUGUUUCCACUUUGUCAAGAAACUCAUAUUUGUGUAGUAAUUAUCAUAGAUACAAAUAUUUUACACAAUUACUUAUCACUAUUUACCAAUGUAUAUUAAAAGGGAAAUCUGUGAUUGGUAGAUCAAUUUUUUUUACUUUUAAAAUAAUAAUAUAUACCCAUUGAUUCUUAAAGAAUAUACAGUAACUUUUAAAUACCUCAUGAGCUUAGUUCAACUGUCUUACCCCACCAGAACCCAACAUAUAAGCUUGUUUUACUCCAUUGUUUGUAAACAAUAUAAUUGUAAAAAUAAAUAUAUAGCCUCAAAGCAUAGUUAAAAUUAUACUUUUGAUCUCAUGGAUGGUCAGUCCUUGCAUCCAUAGCUCGGUCUAUUAUUUUGAGCAUGGUUACAUUUUAUCAGAACUCAGGGCAGAGUCAGUAAGGUACAGAUCUGCAGGCAGGCUCGGGGUCAGCGCAGGCAAGUACAGAACGGCAGGCAGGUUCGGAGUCAGGGCAGGCAGAUUGGUCAGAACCGGGGAAACUAGGAAAACUAGGAAAACUUGAGAAAACAGGAAGACUGGAAAGCACGCUGGUAAGACCUGACAAGACAAGACGAACUGUCAAUAGACAAACAGAGAACACAGGUAUAAAUGCACAGGGGAUAAUGGGGAAGAUGGGCAACACCUGGAGGGGGGUGGAGAUAAGCACAAAGACAGGUGAAACCGAUCAGGGUGUGACACAUUUCUCCAGCCCCAUCCCUCAACUAAUAUGUUAUAGCACUGCGCUACUCCCGAGUGGCGCAGUGGUCUAAGGCACUGCAUCGCAGUGCUAGCUGUGCCACUAGAGAUCCUGGUUCGAAUCCAGGCUCUGUCGUAGCCGGCCGCGAACGGGAGACCCAUGGGGCGGCGCACAAUUGGCCCAGCGUCGUCCAGGGUAGGGGAGGGAAUGGCCGGCAGGGAUGUAGCUCAAUUGGUAGAGCAUGGCGUUUGCAACGGCAGGGUUGUGGGUUCAAUUCCCACGGGGGGCCAGUAUGAAAAAUAAUAAUGUAUGCACUCACUAACUGUAAGUCGCUCUGGAUAAGAGCGUCUGCUAAAUGACUAAAAAUUUAAAUGUAAAUAGCAGUUGUUCAUUAAAUGGUAUUACAUGUCCCCUGACAAGGAACUGCAAUGCUUUUGUUUACUUGCCCAACCCAUUUGGCCAACUUGCUCUUGUCAAAGAUUUUAAUCUCAACAAUUAGAAAUAACCUGUCAAAAGAACAAGCAUCACUUCGCGUAACACACCACUUGUUGUGACACAUUCCUAAUCUUGCCAGGAAACAUAGCUGGAAGACUGCCAAGAAGGCAUGACUUCCUGGAAAUAUGUGGGCCUUUAGGUAAUUUGCAGGACAGUACAGUCGUGGUCCAAAGUUUUGAGUAUGACACAAGUAUUGGUCUUCACAAAGUUUGCUGCUUCAGUGUUUUUAGAUAUUUUUGUCAGAUGUUACUAUGGUAUACUGAAGUAUAAUUACAAGCAUUCCAUAAGUGUCAAAGGCUUUUAUUGACAAUUACAUAAAGUUUAUGCAAAGAGUCAAUAUUUGCAGUGUUGACCCUUCUUUUUCAAGACCUCUGCAAUCCGCCCUGGCAUGCUGUCAAUUAACUUCUGGGCCACAUCCUGACUGAUGGCAGCCCAUUCUUGCAUAAUCAAUGCUUGGAGUUUGUCAGAAUUUGUGGGUUUUUGUUUGUCCACCCGCCUCUUGAGGGUUGACCACAAGUUCUAGAUGGGAUUAAGGUCUGGGGAGUUUCCUGGCCAUGGACCCAAAAUUUCGAUGUUUUGUUCCCUGAGCCACUUAGUUAUCACUUUGCAAUUAAUUGCAAUUCAUCUGAUCACUAUUCAUAACAUUCUGGAGUAUUUGCAAAUUGCCAUCAUAAAAACUGAGGCAGCAGACUUUGUGAAAAUUAAUAUUUGUGUCAUUCUCAAGUAUUCAGACCACUUCACUUUUUCCACAUUUUGUUACCUUACAGCCUUAUACUAAAAUUCAUUAAAUAAAAUAUUCUCAUCAAUCUACACACAAUAUCCCAUAAUGACAAAGCAAAGCAAAAACAGGUUUUAUGAAACUUUUGCAAAUGUAUACAGUGGGGAGAACAAGUAUUUGAUACACUGCCAAUUUUGCAGGUUUUCCUACUUACAAAGCAUGUAGAGGUCUGUAAUUUUUAUCAUAGGUACACUUCAACUGUGAGAGACGGAAUCUAAAACAAAAAUCCAGAAAAUCACAUUGUAUGAUUUUUAAGUAAUUAAUUUGCAUUUUAUUGCAUGACAUAAGUAUUUGAUACAUCAGAAAAGCAGAACUUAAUAUUUGGUACAGAAACCUUUGUUUGCAAUUACAGAGAUCAUACGUUUCCUGUAGGUCUUGACCAGGUUUGCACACACUGCAGCAGGGAUUUUGGCCCACUCCUCCAUACAGACCUUCUCCAGAUCCUUCAGGUUUCGGGGCUGUCGCUGGGCAAUACGGACUUUCAGCUCCCUCCAAAUAUUUUCUAUUGGGUUCAGGUCUGGAGACUGGCUAGGCCACUCCAGGACCUUGAGAUGCUUCUUACGGAGCCACUCCUUAGUUGCCCUGGCUGUGUGUUUCGGGUCGUUGUCAUGCUGGAAGACCCAGCCACGACCCAUCUUCAAUGCUCUUACUGAGGGAAGGAGGUUGUUGGAAAGAUCUCGCGAUACAUGGCCCCAUCCAUCCUCCCCUCAAUACGGUGCAGUCGUCCUGUCCCCAUUGCAGAAAAGCAUCCACAAAGAAUGAUGUUUCCACCUCCAUGCUUCACGGUUGGGAUGGUGUUCUUGGGGUUGUACUCAUCCUUCUUCUUCCUCCAAACACGGCGAGUGGAGUUUAGACCAAAAAGCUCUAUUUUUGUCUCAUCAGACCACAUGACCUUCUCCUAUUCCUCCUCUGGAUCAUCCAGAUGGUCAUUGACAUACUUCAGACGGGCCUGGACAUGCGCUGGCUUGAGCAGGGGGACCUUGCGUGCACUGCAGGAUUUUAAUCCAUGACGGCGUAGUGUGUUACUAAUGGUUUUCUUUGAGACUGUGGUCCCAGCUCUCUUCAGGUCAUUGACCAGGUCCUGCCGUGUAGUUCUGGGCUGAUCCCUCACCUUCCUCAUGAUCAUUAAGGCCCCACGAGGUGAGAUCUUGCAUGGAGCCCCAGACCGAGGGUGAUUGACCGCCAUGCCAUCAUUUUCUAAUAAUUGCGCCAACAGUUGUUGCCUUCUCACCAAGCUGCUUGCCUAUUGUCCAGUAGAUCAUCCCAGCCUUGUGCAGGUCUACAAUUUUAUCCCUGAUGUCCUUACACAGCUCUCUGGUCUUGGCCAUUGUGGAAAGGUUGGAGAGGUUGGAGUCUGUUUGAUUGAGUGUGUGGACAGGUGUAUUUUAUACAGGUAACGAGUUCAAACAGGUGCAGUUAAUACAGGUAAUGAGUGGAGAACAGGAGGGCUUCUUAAAGAAAAACUAACAGGUCUGUGAGAGCCGGAAUUCUUACUGGUUGGUAGGUGAUCAAAUACUUAUGUCAUGCAAUAAAAUGCAAAUUAAUUAAUAAAAAAUGAUACAAUGUGAUUUUCUUGAUUUUUGUUUUAGAUUCCGUCUCUCCCAGUUGAUGUGUACCUAUGAUAAAAAUUACAGACCUCUACAUGCUUUGUAAGUAGGAAAACCUGCAAAAUCGGCAGUGUAUCAAAUACUUGUUCUCCCCACUGUAUAUAUAUAUUUUUUAAAAACUAUAAUACCUGACAGUGCAUGUCAGAGCAAAAACCAAGCCAUGAGGUCGAAGGAAUUGUUCGUAGAGCUCCGAGACAGGAUUGUGUCAAGGCACAGAUCUGGGGAAGUGUACCAAAACCAAGACUCUUCCUAGAGCUGGCCGCCCGGCCAAACUGAGCAAUCGGGGGAGAAGGGCCUUGUUUAGGAAGGUGAACAAGAACCCGAUGGUCACUCUGACAGAGAAGGGGUCACUCUGACAGAGCUCCAGAGUUCCUCUGUGGAGAUGGGAUAAACUUCCAGAAGGACAACCAUCUCUGCAGCACUCCACCAAUCAGGCCUUUAUAGUAGAGUGGCCAGACGGAAGCCACUCCUCAGUAAAAGGCACAUGACAGCCCACUUGGAGUUUGCCAAAAGGCACCUAAAGGACUCUCAGACAAUGAGAAACAAGAUUCUCUGGGGCGAAAGUUCACCUUCCAACAGGACAACGACCCUAAGCACACAGCCAAGACAACGCAGGAGUGGCUUCAGGACAAGUCUCUGAAUGUCCUUGAGUGGCCCAGCCAGAGCCGGGACUUGAACCUAAUCGAAUAUCUCUGGAGAGACCUGAAAAUAGCUGUGCAGUGACGCUCCCCAUCCAACCUGACAGAGCUUGAAAGGAUCUGCACAGAACAAUGGGAGAAACUCCCCAAAUACAGGUGUGCCAAGCAUGUAGCAUCAUACACAAGAAGACUUGAGGCUGUAAUCGCUGCCAAAGGUGCUUCAACAAAGUACUGAGUAAAGGGUCUGAAUACUUAUGUAAAUGUCAUUUUUCAGUUUUUAUUUUGAAUACAUUUGCAAAAAUUUCUAAAAACCUGUUUUUAUUUUGUCAUCAUGGGGUAUUGUGUGUAGAUUGAUAAGAAAAACAUACAAUUUAAUCCAUUUUAGAAUAAGGCUGUAACGUAACAACAUUUGGAAAAAGUCAAGGGGGUCUGAAUACUUUCCGAAUGCACUGUAUCUGAGAGAGCCAUGUGAGUGAGAGGUGCUUCAGAGAACGCUGAUUGGCAGCCGGGAGAAGGGAAUUACAAUUAUAAUGCUAUCAGGCUGAAAUAUUUCCUCUUUAUUGUCUGCAUUGCUUGUUGCCAACCAGUGAGGCCAUUUCUGUUGAUUGGCACAUGCAUUUAAAAAGUGAAAGAACCAUACUUCUGAGUGAUUUAAUCACACUUCAAUAAUUCCUCCAAAGAUUUCUUAGAUUCCUAACAGACAAAAUACAAUUAGGAAUGCUUUGUGAAACCAAAUGUUAAUACUAAUAAAAAAUGUAUAGUUAUCUUGGCUUAUUGUUGGUCCUCUUUGAUGGACAGGUUAUACUUUGCUGACCUGAAAUCAGCAAUCUGCAAUGACUGAUUGACUGAUUGGUAAUGGAAUAACUCACCUGAAAUAAUUGCCAGUGUGGCCAAAUAUGGCUGGAUAAUUACGUUUUUAUGAUAGAGGGGCAUUUUGUUCAUCUCAGGACCACUCUAUCCAUUUGGGGCUGGAGACACCAUGAAUUCCAGAUCAGAUGAUGGAAGUUCCCCUCUUAUACCCCUACAGCGGCCAUUUGUCUAUUUUGGAAACACGUACAACCAGAUAUAUGUGGGUAGAAAUGUAUAUUUAUUUAUCUCUGUUGCAUGAAACCUGUUGUGUAUUUUGAAUAUCCCAGCAGGCAAAACUGUAUGCAAUGUGUUAUGACUUAUUUUGCUGGUCAGGUUGAAUACUGGUUGUGAAAAAUCAAGAUGCCAUUGUUUACCUGAAUGUAAUCUGGUUCUAUGAUGUCUGUUCAACCAGUAAACCACUUUACAAUCAGAAUAUGCUGUUAAGAUGUUGCACGCCCCCAGAAAUUAUGCUGGGAUGCCUCCUGGAGUAGUUCAAGAUUUUACAACUUGAUAUUAGAUGGUUUCUCACCCUGAAAGUAGUCUAUGGGCCAGGAGAAACUGUAAUCCAUGGUUUUUUAUUUUUAUUUAUUUUUUGCUGCUACAAACUUCAGCUAACUAUAGCCAUCACAAGCUAACAAUAUUUGGUGAUAGGGACAUGUGAGCAUGUUUUAGUUUUUCAAAGUCUAUAUAAUCUGAAAUCAACUCAAAUAUUAAUAUUUGGUUUAAUGUUACUGAAAGGUGAUUUGGCCUUUUUAAAAGUCCAAUGCAGCCGUUUUUAUCUCAAUAUAAAUUGUUCUGGGUAACAAUUGAGUACCUUACUGUGCUUGUUUUCAAUUAAAAUUGUAAAAAAAAAGAAGCUUUUUAGGAAAGAGCAAGUUCUCAAGCAAGAAUUUUGCUAGGAUUGUCUGGGAGUGGUGUGAGUGGGGCGCAGAAAACUGAAAACUAGUUCUUAUUGGCAGAGAGGUUUUGAACUCUCUUUCUUAUUGGUCUAUUAACUAAUUGACCACCUGGUGAUGUCACCAGGCAGACCAAAACUCCAUCCCAUCAAAACAGGGUGAAAUUUCAAGUGGUCUUUUCAAACAGCUCUCACACUAAAAGGGCAUUAUCAUAAUUUUCACAAUUUCACAGUAUUAUCCUAACCUCAUAGUGUGGAAAUGUAUACAAAACACAGUUUCUCCUGAUCCAUAGACUACUUUCAGGGUGAGGAACCAUCUAACAUCAAGUUGUGAAAGCCUGAACUACUCCUAUAAGCAAUUCAAAAUCUGUUCUGUUGUACAGUACAAAUAAACAAAAGAAUUGUGUAACCAUUUGCCAUUUUUCAAUGAACUAAUUUCAUUUAAGGUUAACAACAACGGACACCUGACAUUCAACCAAGCAUGGUUCAGCUACAUACCAUACAGUUUUCCUGCACAUUCCACAAUAGAUCUCAUAGCUCCAUUUUGGACCGAUUUGGACAACCGAGGGAAUGGUAACAUCUCUUACCAGCAGUACACCAGCGGUAGUGUUCUUCAACAGGCCACACAAGACAUCAAUCAGUACUUCCCAAACCUGGCCUUCUCUGCUAAUUUGGUCUUCAUUGCUACGUGGGAUAGGGUGGCCUACUUCCCCGUUUCAGGAACAGUAAGACUUUUUGCUAGCAAAAGUAAUCCUUAUUGUAAAGGCAAUCGAUACAACACCUAUGAAGCAAUGAUAUGAAAUAGAAAUUACAUGGGAUGUCUUAUGGUGGGCAAGAUUGUUACAUUAUACAGUAGGCUAUGUCUUAAAAUCUUUCUCUCAUUUCCUUAAUAUAAGGAAACAACCUUCCAAGUGGUUCUGAUUGCUGGUGUCCCAUUCUCUUUUGUCCUGAUGAACUAUGGGCAGAUUGCACCAGCACAACGCAGCAUUCAGGUCAGAAGAAUGAAUGCAUAAUUGUGACGGUCUAUCCCAAAGGGGGCGUAUGUACAAAAAUGCAGAUUCAGAUCUCCAAAAUUGUAAUUGAUUCACUGUGAUUGGAGGAAGCAUGGGAAAGUUAUGCUGCUUUAAAAGUUGAUAAACGUGUUAUCCCACUUAGGAGACAAGUAGGAGCAAAUACCCUUGAAAGAUUUUGAGUUGUACUCCUGAGUGGCGCAGUGGUCUAAGGCACUGCAUCGCAGUGCUAACUGUGCCACUAGAGAUCCUGGUUCAAAUCCAGGCUCUGUCGCAGCCGGCCGCGACCGGGAGGCUCAUGGGCGGUGCACAAUUGGCCCAGCGUCGUCCAGGGUAGGGGAGGGAAUGGCCGGCAGGGAUGUAGCUCAGUUGAUAGAGCAUGGCGUUUGCAACGCCAGGGUUGUGGGUUCAAUUCCCACGGGGGGCCAGUAUAAAAAAAUAUGUAUUCACUAACUGUAAGUCACUCUGGAUAAGAGUGUCUGCUAAAUGACUAAAAUGUAAAAUGAGUGCUAGAGAGGGCUUCUUUGUUUACGAUCAUUCAGCAUCGUUCACACCCAGAAUUCACAUGUUGGCAUGGCCAACCGUCAGCAUGGUCAACCUCUCCAUUGUCUCAGCCAAUCACGGCUAGCCAGAAAGGAUCAUGUCUUUCUCCAUAUAUAGCUCAGUGCUUUCUCCUUGGCUAAACUCAAUAUUUACUGAUCCCAUACAAGUUUGUAAUUAAGACACAUGAAAGUUCACAUGUUCAAGAAGGCAUUUCUGCAACAACAACAAAAAUAUAUUGUCUGGUGAUGUAAAUUUGAUUUUUCAUCAUUCCAUUUUUUUUAUACAUUUGUGUCUAUUUUUUUACUAGGCUGGCUAUGACACAAUCAACUCCACCUACCACUUCUCGAUCCCUGGAUCAUUUCAAAGCAAUUUUACAACUUUCAGCUACACCAGCAACGUCAAUGUUGCAGGUCGCUGGGCCUUCCGCACAGACCAUGGAUCAAGAGGCUGUACUUUCAAUGGUGAGAACAACAAUAUAAAUACAAAACAUAGGAGCCCCAUUAUUUUGGUUUGUGUUAAGAAUUACUGUUCUUUUCCAAAAUAAACAAGAUUUUUUUUUAAGUGACGACAUUUUCAAAGGUUGCGCAUAAUGUUGCUGAGAGACUUUGCCUAGGUUUAAAUUAAAUUAGUUACAUCUUGUCCAGGCUUCUGUCCUUACCCUAUUACAUUGGCUGCAUUAAACAUUUUCUAUUACUCUCUUUCAGGUUCUCCUGUCCAGUUGUAUGACUCCUUCUGGAGUGACAACAGCUGCAGACAGAGGUGCACCUGCACCAGUACAGGCCUUCAGUGCCAGAGCCAACCUUGCUCCUUUUCCCAAAUCUGUCAACCCGACGCCUUCCGGUUCUCCUGCAAAACGAUUGAACGCAGCACCUGCACUGUUUCCGGCGACCCCCACUACUACACCUUUGACGGAAGCGUGUUCCACUUCCAGGGCACCUGCACCUAUGUCCUGUCAGAGGAGUGUGGCCGUGGACUGCCCUACUACCGUGUAGAGGGAAAGAACGAGAACCGUGGUAGCACCCAGGUGUCCUGGACCCGUCUGGUGAGGGUAUCUGUUUACGACGAGGAGAUAGAGCUGCUCAAAGGUCACCAAGCUGAAGCAAAGGUCAGUGCCGGUACCAAUGUAACUGAGUUUCUUUGUCGCUCAGGCAUGGUUGAUGUUUAUUACUGUUGAUUUCACAUUGCAAUGCACAUAGUUGACAAAAUUGUUAACUUGCACUUCACUGAAUUGUCUCUUUGUAAUGCUGUAGGAAGUAAUUUUUUACUUUUAUGAUAUACGCUACAUGACCAAAAGUAUGUGGACACCUGCUCAUUGAAUAAUCUCAUUCCAAAAUCAUAGGCAUUAAUAUGGAGUUGGUCCCCCCUUUGCUGCUAUAACAGCCUCCACUCUUCUGGGAAGGCUUUCGACUAGAUAUUGGAACAUUGCUGCAAGGACUUGCUUCCAUUCAGCCAUAAGAGCAUUAAUGAGGUCGGGCACUGAUGUUGGGCGAAUAGGCCUGGCUCACAGUCGGCGUUCCAAUUCAUCCCAAAGGUGUUUGAUAGGGUUGAGGUAAGGGCUCUGUGCAGGCAAGUCAAGUUCUUCCACACUGAUCUCAACAAACCAUUUCUGUAUGGACCUCACUUUGUGCAUGGGGACAUUGUCAUGCUGAAACAGGAAAGGGCCUUCCCCAAACUGUUGCCACAAAGUUGGAUACACAGAAUUGUCUAGAAUGUCAUUGUAUGCUGUAGUGUUAAGAUUUAUCUUCACUGGAACUAAGGGGCCUAGCCCGAACCAUGAAAAACAGCCCCAGACCAUUAUUCCUCCUCUACCAAACUUUACAGUUGGAACUAUGCAUUCGGGAAGGUAGCAUUCUCCUGGCAUCUGCCAAACCCAGAUUCGUCCAUCAGACUGCCAGAUGGUGAAGCGUGAUUCAUCACUUCCACUGCUCCAGAGUCCAAUGGCAGCAAGCUUUACACCACUCCAGCCAACGCUUGGCAUUGCGCAUGGUGAUCUUAGGCUUGUGUGUGGCUGCUCGGCCAUGGAAACCCAUUUCAUGAAGCUCCCGACGAACAGUUAUUGUGCUGACAUUGCUUCCAGAGGCAGUUUGGAGUAAGUAUUACAACCGAGGACAGACAAUUUUUACACGCUGCGUGCUUCAGCACUCGGUGGUCCCGUUCUGUGAGCUUCUGUGGCAUUCCACUUCGCGGCUGAGCCGUUUUUGCUCCUAGACGUUCACAAUAACAGUGCUUACAGUUGACCGGGGCAGCUCUAGCAGGGCAGAAAUUUGACAAACUGACUUGUUGGAAAGGUGGCAUCCUAUGACGGUUCCACGUUGAAAGUCACUGAGCUCUUCAUUAAGGCCAUUCUAUUGCCAAUGUUUGUCUAUGGAGAUUGCAUGGCUGUGUGCUCAAUUUUAUACACCUGUCAGCAACAGGUAUGGCUGAAAUAGCCGAAUCCACUAAUUUGAAGGGGUGUCCAAAUACUUUUGUAUAUAUAGUGCAGUACUGUAGUGUUCUAAUUAUGUCCUUCUCACUCAUACCCCUCAAUGUUGUGAUUUCUACUCUGCGCAUCCAGGUCAACGGAAGCUUUGCCUCCACCCCGUUCUCCCUCCGUAAUGGCACCAUCCAGGUCUACCAGUCUGGUUUCUCCCUGGCGGUCAGCACCGAUUUUGGCCUGCUGGUGACGUAUGACGCCAACCACUAUGUCAGAAUCAGCGUACCUUUCAACUACUUCAACGCCACCUGCGGUCUGUGCGGAACCUUCAACAACCACCGCGAGGAUGACUUCCGCUCUCGCACGGGACAGAUCCUGACCUCCGACGUUGACUUUGCCAAUAGCUGGCAGGCGCCUGGGGAUGACGACCCGGCCUGUGAGAGGGUCCUGUGUGCUGGGUUGGACUGUGCCUUGUGCACUACCUCCCAGAGGAGCCUCUAUGGCAACACAGCCCACUGCGGUAUCCUCCAGGACCCGUCUGGACCGUUCGCCCCAUGCCACGACCAGCUGCCCCCCCAGACCUAUGAGGAGAGCUGCGUCUAUGAUCAGUGCGUGGGGGGAGGGUACCAGCCCAUCCUGUGCCAGUCCCUCAGCGUGUAUGCCACCCAGUGCCAACAGCAUGGCAUACAGCCGGGAUUAUGGAGGAGGCAAGGCUUCUGUGGUAUGUACUGUAUGUGCCAAUCAAUCUUGUAACUAUGGUCUCUGUUCCCCCGAAUUGCAUCACAAAAAUUAAGCAUAUAUUUUCACCAUUUCUCUUUUCAUUGUAUUCCAUCAGAAAUCUCCUGCCCAGCCAACAGUCACUUUGAGUCCCAGGGCACAAGCUGUCCUGCCACCUGCAGCAACCUCAAUGCCUCCCACGGCUGCCCCCUCCCCUCCCAGGAGAGCUGUAUCUGUAACCUUGGUUAUGUCCUGAGCGCUGGGGAGUGCGUACCCCUCGCCCAGUGUGGCUGCACGUUCGAGAACCGCUACUACAGCUCGGGAGCGACCGUCAUACUGGACCAGGACUGCGGCAGGCGUUGCAGCUGCAGCCUUGGUUCCAUGACCUGUUAUUCCCAUGGGUGUGGAGAACUAGAGGCCUGCAGGGUGGAGGAUGGGGAGAGGGGCUGCAGACCAACCAGCUACGCCACCUGCUGGGUGGAAGGACCCAGGUCCUAUCGCACUUUUGACGGAGUGACCUUCCAGUACCCCGGGGCUUGUGGGCUGAUCCUGGCCAGGGUCAUGGGGUGGUCCCCCCACACUCACUUUGUGGUGACGGCAGAGAAAGUACCCAGAGGCCAGCAGGGUUUCACCCAGUUGCUGAAAUUUGAGGCGGUGGGGACACAGGUGUACAUUGAGAUGGGAGGUGGGAGCAGAGUGCAGGUCAGUGCCAUUCCUCAGUAAUGCAAUGUAACUACAGAUAACUUGCCAACCACAAAGUGUAUGGAAUGAGUCAUGACAUUGCUCAAAUGAGUCACAGACAUUGCUCAAAUGUAUCAGAUAUAUCAGAUUUUGUUUUUGUCUCCCGGCUGUAUGAUUUCAUUAAUAUAUUUUAAAUAUAUACAAUUUUUACAAUAUUUUAAAGACUUUACUGGGAGAGAGAUUUAAUUAGUUCACCCAAAUUACUUAUUCCUUUAACUCACCAGUUUUUUGUCAAAUCUCAAAUCCCACAUUUCCUAUGCUCUACCGUUGAAUUGAUACCCUUGAAUCCCACCAUAGGUGAACGGUCAGUUGAUCCAAGUUCCCUUUAGCACCGAGUCCGGCCACAUCCAGGUCUUCCACAGCAGUGUCAACAGCAUCGUCCUCUACACCUCCUUUGGUGUCACCGUCCAAAUUGACUGGCCUCACUUGGUCCGGGUCACCACACCAGGCACCUACAACAGCUCCCUCGGUGGCCUGUGUGGCAACUACAACGGCCACAGGCAUGAUGACUUUCAAACCCCAAACGGCAUUCUGGUCAACAACUCGCAACUCUUUGGAGACAGUUGGCGGGACGGGUCCCUCUCGGCGCACUGUGUGGAAACGGAAAAUAGGGUGCUGCCACAAAUUGGACAGAACACCACUGUUUACAAUUCCAACCAGUCAUGUGGCCUCAUGGCUUCGCCUGGUGGGCCGUUCUCUUUGUGCCAGAGCAGGGUGGACCCUUGGGAGCGGGUGGAAGAGUGUGUGGAGGAUUUGACUGAAGCAGGUGGGGCUCCAGGAGUCCUGUGUGAGGCUCUUCGUGGUUACGCCCUAAUGUGCCAACAGAGUGGCAUCACAGUGGGAAACUGGAGGGAUGUCACUGAUUGUGGUGAGUACCUGUAGCAAUAUUCCAUACGCUGCACGUCAGCUGAACCCCUACAUUAAAAUACACAAGUAUCACGAACUGGUUCAUGCAUACGUAUUAUGCCCUUCAACGCCAGUAUAGUAUAAUAAGUAUAGUAUAGUAUAAUUAAGUAUAGAAAACUAGCAUUGACGGGCAUAAUACAUUUAGUCUGAAUCUCAAACUGAACACUUUGAGCACUUCGAUCACUCAAUCGCUCAAUAUGAGCGUUCAAUCAGGUCAAUCUCACUGCGCCCUUUGCCCUUCGGAAGCCUGUUUAUCGAGUGGACAUCCUAUUCCGACUCAGCGCCCUUGGCAGCAACUUCUUCCCAUGAAUCUUAGCAUGUUACCUAGCAACAACAGUCACCAUUACGUCGCCCUCAAAAAUAGUCUGAAUAAAUCAAGAUAAAUCAAGAAAUCUGUAAUUAAUUUUGAAGUUUGAUUUGGAGGAGGUCUUAGUCGCACGGUUUUACAUUUAGCUAAGGAGUUUCAUGUAUUUCUGAAGCUUGUCUAUUAUUAACGUGUUAGCUAAGCCUGAGCCAGUCACUUCAUAUGAAACGUAAGAGAAACUAACCAACCAGCUAGUGCUACACUAAAUCAUGGGUCACUGAUGGAUUCUGUAGAGGUCGUUUUUGAGAUCAGUGUAGAUCCGCAAUAAAACAUAUCAGUGGGAUUGGGUUUGGAGAUGACAUAGCCUAAUACAGAAGCAUGUCUGUUCUUCGAAAUAUUUGCGCUGAACUGACAUGCAUGAUCGUUGCUUACACUCCUAUGUUCAGAAGAAGGGAAUAAUCCCUAACAAUAGUCUAUAAUGUGCACAGCAGUGCUCAAUUCAAACAGCGGUGUGUAGCCUACUGUAGCUGCUGGCAAAGUAAUUCAAAGCCUAUACUUUAUUACUCAGGAUGCAACUUUCCAGUGCCAUGUAAUGUUGUUAUUAAAACAAAAUCAGACAACCCCAUAGUAGAAUAGUGUACCUAUUUACAUUUUAGUCAUUUAGCAGACGCUCUUAUCCAGAGCGACUUACAGUUAGUGAUUACAUAUAUAUAUAUUUUUUUUUAUACUGGCCCCCCGUGGGAAUCGAACCCACAACCCUGGCGUUGCAAACGCCAUGCUCGAUCAACUGAGCUACAUCCCUGCCGGCCAUUCCCUCCCCUACCCUGGACGACGCUGGGCCAAUUGUGGGCCGCCCAUGAGUCUCCCGGUCGCGGCCGGCUGCGACAGAGCCUGGAUUCGAACCAGGAUCUCUAGUGGCACAGUUAGCACUGCGAUGCAGUGCCUUAGACCACUGCGCCACUCAGGAGUUUUUUUUUUUUACCUAGUCAGCUUGUUGUUGUGUGUUCUACAUGAGAUAAAUAUGGUGCAUUCAAGUUGCGAAAUCCAUAGGGAGGGAAACAUGUAUUCUGAAAAGCGGUCAUUUGCCAACAAUUCUUAAUGCAAUCACGGGAAAACGCUUUUGAAAGCAGUUUUGGCCAUUGUUAAAAACGAUGAAUCCAAGUUUUCCAUUGAUACCACGUUCUUUUCUCUACUCCUUCAAUUGCACGAGUGGCAUUGUUUAACAAAUGCAGUUUCAACCAGAGUUUCAAGCAUGGUUUAGGCACAGCAGCGCAACAGCAGAGCUCUUAAAGGUCAAUGGCGUUCUAUAAGGGCAAUGACCUACUUUGUAGUAGAAACCAAAAAAAUAGAGUGAAUAAUAAUGAAUAAUUAUUUAUAUAUUUAUAAUAAAAUAAUAAGAAUUGAUAAGAAUAAAAAUCAGGAUGUUGUGUCCAAUGGGGUAAAUACAGAUAGGCAACCCCAUGCUUCAGCCUAUUUAUGUAUAGCCACUAUGCCACAUCAGUUGGGCUACAGGUGAUCAUGCUUAUUGGCUAUAUGCAUGGUCCAAUAUGCAUGGUCCAAAUAAUUUAAACCAAAUUUUCACCAAUAUGUUAUUGGGCUUAUUUCUGGAAGUGGAAAUUAUAUUUUAGAUGGUGUCAGCAUAAUUUUCUUUUCAUUCAUUUUGGAGUAGAAUGCGCUCUCAAAAAGUCACCAAAACUGUGCUUUUCAGUCCUUUUACAUUAAAAUUAUCCCGGGGAGGAUCCCGGACCCCCUAAGUAAGGGGACUGGAAUUGGUCAAACUCACAGUUUAAUACAUGUAAAAAAUUAUCCUCUUUCCCUAAAAGCAUGAUGGUCAUGACUUUCUUACAUAAAAGGGGAGGUUAACUUGGCCCCAGACAAUCGAUCUGUGAUCGACUUAAGUUUCUGUCAUGGGAUUUGUUUGUUUGUUGCUUUAACCCCUGCACUAAAUACAAUGCUCCUUCCAUAAGCAAAGUACCUAGUUACCUAGCUACUGUAUUAACAUUAUUUUAUCACAAUGAACGGGUUUUAAUUAAUUAGCAAACAGCUUGCUCUGCCCCGAGUCAGUACAGUACCUAGUGUGCUGCUGUGCUGUGCAUUUAGCUGACCCAACGUUACAACGUAGCGAUAGGGGCUUUGUAAACAUGCUGAAGAACGGACUGACUGCUGGGAACAGCAAGCUGUCAAACUAUUGUAAAUAACUGACAGGCUACCCGCUGUUUAUCAGUGCAGUGCCCAAUAUCCUUAGCUAGUGCUAGUUAAAAUUCCAUCCCUGUGUUUGUCAAUGAAUCUAGCUAGCAGCAGGCAGGCUACAACAAGCUAAAACCAGCUGAUGAAAUCUCUGGCAAACGUUAUACAGUACUUGCACUGUAAAGAGAUGUCGUUUUUACAACUUUCUUACUGUCUAUCGGAGUAUCUGUGUCUGCCACAAGUCCCCAGUGCCCGUGUUUCAUAGCAAGUGAGUCAUGCUACAAGACAGAUUCAGUCAUGCUACAAGACAGCAAAGACAAUGCUCACAAAUGGUUUUAGAAUUUUGGAAUAUUGAUAAGUGGCAGUUGGGACGUCGAGUGUGCAUCGUCUCAUUGCAAAUUAUGGCCAAAACAAUUGCAGAACCGAGUGAUCACUAUAGUCCACAACAGUAAGUGGCCAAUCAAUAAAGGGCUUAGGAGCAAAGUGUUCAGUUUGAGAUUCAGCCAUGAUACAUGUGUGCAAUCAUGAUAUGUUUCAGCUUUAAUGUAUUGCUAUAGCCUAUUAAUGGUAUUAUGUUAGUGUUGUGUGUGAAAGGGUUCUUCAAUGAAAUCCACUUUUUUCCCCCCUCAGAACAAACCUGUCCCCCCAACAGCCACUACGAGCUGUGUGGCACUUCCUGUCCCGCCUCCUGCCCUAGCCUCUCCUUCCCCUUCCUCUGUGUCACUGCGUGCCAGGAGGGAUGCCAGUGCAACGAUGGCUUCCUACUCAGCGCCAAUCAAUGCGUUCCGCCAGUGGCCUGCGGAUGCCACCACCAGGGACGUUACCGCCAAGGCGGUGAGCGCUUCUGGGAAGGCGAAGAGUGCCAGAGCCUAUGCACCUGUAACGGCACCACUGGAGCAGUCCGCUGCACCCCAUAUGCCUGCACCACCCAGGAGUCCUGCCGUGUGGUGGGGGGUGAGUACGGCUGCCACCCCAACCCCCAAGGCACCUGCUCUGCCUCUGGAGACCCCCACUACCUCACAUUUGAUGGGGAGCUAUUCGAUUUCCAGGGCACCUGCCGCUAUGUCCUAGCAACCCUGUGUGGUAAUGCCACGGGAGGGCUGCAGCAUUUUCUGGUGGAGGCCAGGAAUGAGCCAUGGAACGGGUUGACAGUUUCCAUCACAGCCGAGGUGUUUGUCAAUGUGUGGGGCCACUGGGUACACAUCUCCAGGGAGAGGCGUGGAGUGGUACAGGUAAGGUAAAAAAACUUGAGCUUUGAUAAAGACUAAGCCUACGGUCAUAUGACAUUUUUCAGUUUGUGGUACUCUUUUUCCGAAACGCAUUAGCUUUUUUAAAAGAUAGUACUAUGAACUGAAACAUAUCGUAGUUGCGGCCCAUUUUUUAGUGUUAUCUUCUUUUUUUUAAAGAGUACCAUGUCUUUUUACCCAGACUAGCAACCUGUUACCACAGAAAUACUUGAACAAAGGCAUGAUGAAAUUAAUAGGUAUUCACUUCAGGUGUUAUCAUGGCCAUGGGGAAUACAAAACGUUAUCUACCACAUCUCUGUUGAUUAAAUUCAUCAUCUAUUCGACAAAUAGCAGAGAUGAUGAUGAACAACUUUGAGAAAUACUAUUGCUGUUGUUCUUCCACAUUGUAAACAAUGGAGGUGGACAGAAAACAGGUCGAAAGACAGAUUACUUUGAUUGUCUUUCAGAUUGAUGGCGUGACCAGCAACCUGCCUAUCCUCUUGCAUGGUGGACGGGUGUCCAUCUACGCGAGUGGACUCCGCACGUUUGUCAACUCCGAUUUCGGCCUGAGUGUCAGUUACGACGGCUCGAGUGUGGUGUCUAUCUCUGUCCCCUCCAACUACAGGUGUGUGUUAGGUACAUAUCGGUGGUAGUGGGGUCGAAUGUAAAACCAUUAUGAUCUCUGCAAUCAGUGCACAAAUAAUUUGUCUUAUAAACAGAUUGAUGUUUAAAAUUCUUAAGUCAGGGUUGUGGUCAAUUCAGUUUUCAAUUCAGAAAACUAAAUUGACCCCAACUCUGCCUAAAGUACAUAAUAAAACCUAACAAUGGAAAUGUUAGUUUUUAACCGCUUUAAACAGUUAUUUAUUGUAUCUGUGAUGCACUGUAUCAUUAUUAUCAUUAUAACAGCGGAAUGACGUGUGGCCUGUGCGGAAACUUUAACGGCAAUCGCAACGAUGACUUCCUCACCCCCUCCGGAACGUUGGCGUCCACUCCCUCCCAGUUCGGGAAUUCCUGGAAGGUGGAGGGCAACUACACCUGCAGCGAUGGCUGCGGAGCCUCCUGUCCACAAUGCCACAACCCGAGUCCCGCCCGCGCCCGGUGUGAGGUCAUCAGGGCUGUUGACGGACCCCUGAGCUUCUGCCACGGCCAGGUGGACCCUGAGCCCUACUUCAGCAACUGUGUGUUUGACGUGUGUCUGUCGGGGAACAGAGAGCAGGAUGUUCUUUGCAGGGCUAUCCAGACUUAUGUGAGCACCUGUCAGUCAACCAACGUCAGGAUCUACCCCUGGAGACAGAACACCACCUGCAGUGAGUGACAAAUUGUCUUCACUUUAGAUUGGUAGAUAGAAACUAACAUUCUGUGGUGUAACCUUUGUGGUAAUACGGUAGGACCCAGGACCUCAUACAGUACUGUAUACACGUCAUUCUGAAUUUUAUGUAGAGUGAAAAGCCUCAUACAGUUUCAUGUGUUCAAGUUUUUUUCUGAAGCAUGUACUUCAUGCACAAUUGCAAGUUUGAUUGUAUUCUAACAUUGCAAGACAGUCGCGUGAGUUUUAAUAACAAAGUCGCAAGUUGUGAAGCUUUCACAUCAACAAAUGUGUAGAACGUCUGGUAUUUAUCUCAUGUACAUUGGGGAUAAUAAAAUAUCACACAUAUUUUAAAGUAUCACAUAAGUUCAACACUUAAGACGGUGCAGUUAACCCCGCAUUGUAACAAUUGUUAUGCCAACGUCACGCAGUGUGGAAUCUUUUCAGUGAUUGCAACUGUAUGACUUUACGUAGUCUUCAGGUGAUUUUCUCAUUCUCUCUCUCUCUCUCUGCAUUUGCAGGUAUUGAGUGUCCAGCAAAUAGCCACUAUGAGCUUUGUGGAACAGACUGUGGGCACACGUGUGUCAGCAGCAUUGAUGUCAGCUGCGAGCAGAGCUGCUCCGAGGGAUGUUUCUGUGAUGACGGUUACCUCAGGAGCGCGGGGCACUGUGUCCCAGUAGAGCGCUGUGGCUGCCAGUACGACGGCUUCUACUACGAUGUGAGUUACUCAUCCCAUAGUUUAUGCCUGUGGAACAGGUUUCACUCUGCGUUGUAUGUAGAGUAAGGAUCAAGGAUGACACCGCAACAACUUUCUUGAUGGAUCUGAGUAUUUCCUGCCUGCAUAUUGAGUUACAGAAAUAUAAGACAACAGUCUUUCAGUUCAUUGUGUCUCAACUACAUCUGCACUUUCUCCCAUUUGAGCAGAAGUCAAGAUCAAGUAAAUAAUUGUGCACAUGCAAUGCAAGUGUUUUUAAUCUUUAAUUUAAUCCCUUUAUAAUUUUAAAUAGCUAGGUGUACCUGUAGAGACAUUGUUAUAUGAACAUGGUGUACUGUAGCCUAUAUUUUGCAUCUCAUCCACACUGUUUUGUGUACUUCAGGUUAGUGAGUCUUUCUGGACCCAAGGCUGCUCACAACACUGUGAGUGCUACGGCCCCAAUGACCUCCGCUGCUCUGCCACAUCCUGCACCCCCACCCAGGAGUGCACCAUAAGAAAUGGCCACCUGGGCUGCUUCGACGCCUUGUCCACUUGCACGGUCUGGGGCGACCCCCAUUACGUCACUUUUGACGGGGCCGUGGCCCAUUUCCAGGGCUCCUGCUCCUAUGACAUCGCCAGGACCUGUUCCAACCAGUCCAUUAAUGGCCUCACGUUCCGUGUGGUGGCCACCAACCGUCACCGUGGCAACAAUCUUGUCUCGUUUGUGUCGCUGGUGGAUGUGUGGCUGUCCCAUGGAGGGGAGGAGACCCAUGUCUCCAUUGGACAGAGCAAGAGAGUGACGGUAAAUGCACUAAAAUCCAAAUAACACACUUAUAGUUGAUGAAAAUAUGACUAGUCAGGUGCAAAUCUGUCCGUUUUUAGCAAUGGUAUGAGACUUUUAUUAUAAAGCCCUUUAAGAUGGUAGUCGCCAAGCCUUCUUCAACCACAAGUUUUUGCCCUCAUGCUUUUGCAUUGUUCACUCUACCGAUAAUUACUUAUUUUCUUGAUUACAAGUACAAAAGCUUCUUGAGGUCUCUUUGUCGUCAACAAUCUAUCAAACUAGUCAAGUCUAGGCCUGAGGUCUUUUCCAAUAACCUCAAAUCCCUUCCCGACAUUCCCCCUUUUCUCUCGGUCAGGUGGACGGGAGCGAGGUCGCUAUCCCCUCCUCCAUCGGCUCCGUCGCCAGAGUGGUGUCUGAGCGAGGCUUCGUGAUGCUCAACUCCAGUGACCUGAUGGUCCAGUUUGACGGCCGGAGCACCCUGCUGGUCAGGUUGGGCCAGAGCCACCACGGUGCAGUGUGCGGGAUGUGUGGCAACCUCAACGGUGACCCGGAAGAUGACAAAGUCCUGCCCAACGGGACGCCGGCGCGGAGUGACAAUGACUUUGGUGACGGUUGGAAGGCAGACACUAGCCGGCCAGGGUGAGCUGCUGUUGUUGUCAGGCUUUGAAACACUAAGGCUUCUGGGGAAACAACCUCUAUUGAAAUUCAGUUUAUUCAAAAUAUUCCAUAGUAUGUAUGUAUAAUUUCAUAAAAAACAUAAGCAGAUUAUUCGGAAGCAAAGUUAUUAGCAGAAUGAAAAUACAUACUUUUAUCCAUAACGGAAACACAAGGGAUUAGAUGAUUGUACAGUACAGUGACUGUUAUUCUCCUGCAAUGUUUUCCUUAUUUCCUAACAGAUAAUAAAGUACUAUACUUAUUCAUACACUCACUCACUGACCUCAGUCACUCACUGGCUGCCUUCCGACUCUCUACCCUACUCCAGAAGUGUGCACUCGUUUACUCGCCCUCAUGUAUUUAAAAGCAUUGGAUUGGUGCAAGCAUGGCUGGAGGGAGUUUCAACCAUAUUCCUCACACUAGUCGGAGAAGGGUACAGAAUCGGAAUGUAGCCACUCACUCACCAAGUAAAUAACUAACUAACUCUUCUACGUGUCCUUUUCCAGAUGUGGGGCUUCUGAUAACAGAGGAGGAGGAGACGACUGUCCCUUCAGUGUGGAAUACAGUGACCAGUGUAGCAUCAUCACCAACACUAGCGGCCCCUUCAGCGCCUGCCACCUGCACUCUGACCCCCAGCCCUACUUCACUUCCUGUGUCUACGACCUUUGCCUAUACACUCCAGCCAAUGGGAUGCUGUGUUCCGCCGUGGCGGUCUAUGAGGCGGCCUGCUCCGUCCUGGGUCUUGAUAUCCCAGAAUGGCGCGCGGGUCUGCUGUGUGGUGAGUGUCUGGGUGUCUUUGGGGGCAUUUUGUCUAAGUGGAAAGAUGGAUAAAUUGGCAGUUAGUAGGCCUUAGUGUUCUUUUCCAAAUGUCUGUCCAUACUAUAUCUAGUUAACCCAGUAGUAGUAACUGUUGCCAUAUUGUCCCUCUCUCCCCUCUCUCUUUCUCCAUCAAGCUCUCCCUCCUUCCUUCCCUCCCUCCCUCCCUCUCUCUCUCUCUAGCGGAGUCGGACCCCUGCGAUGAUCUGGACUGUACUGAUGAUGAGUGGUGUGGGGAUCAGGACGGCAUCUACGGCUGUUUCUGUGAUGAGAACCACCAUCGGCCCAACAACGAAAGCUACGGUAAGACUCCCCUAGCACUGCGCCAAUGUGACCGACGUGGUCCGAACCCACAUCUCCUGUGCAAAUUAACUUCCCUCUUUCGAAAAGAGGGAAGGAUGAGGAUAGAGGAUACGAGAAACCGAGGAAAGACUUUUGCGAUUCAUCCGUGGUCUUUGUGUCCUCUAUCUUUGUGUCCUCAUCCGUGUCCAUCUCUGCCCUUAGAUUCGGUCACGUCUUGCUCCUACAGUUCAGGCAUCGUGUCUCUGUCCCGGUGCCAGCUAUUUGAGGCCGGUUUCCCUCCCCACGUCCUGCACCUCACUGACUCCACUUGCAACGGCUCUGUCCGGGAUGGACGCCUGGAGUUCCACUUCGACAACGACAACGAACUCUGCGGGACGACUCUUACGGUACUGUAUUUUCACAGUUCAAUCAUGACAUUAUCACUUGGAUUAUGUAGUCUCAUAGUGGCACUUCAUACACAACCCAAUGUUCAAAAAGGCUCAACAAAUACAGACCAUAGUCCAAAUAAUGAUUAAUAUUAUAAAUGUUUGUCAACUUUUCAUUGUCGCAAUGUUGUUUACUUCUUACUGUAUAAAUGCAGUAUUCUGUAGGUUAUGAAUGUGCUAUGAAAUUCUUACAUACAGUAGGUGCCCAUCAAGUGAAGAUUUUAUUUCCAAUAUUCUAUAUCCACCAAUUUUUUCAUAUUUGUGUUUUUCCACUACAAAUGAUUGCAUAUGGGUACCUUCAUGUGUGUUUAAAUAUGAAUGUUCUCAGAUUUUUUAUUAAUUGAUUUUACGUGUAUUCAAAUGUUUUUUUGUGUGUGCAAAACGCUAUAUAUCCAUUUAGCUGGAAUGGAAUGUUUAUAUGUACUGUAUACUGUAUAUUUUACUGUGAUAUGUGGUUGUCUCACCUACCUAGCUAUCUUAAGAUCAAUGCACUAACUGUAAGUCACUCUGGAUAAGAGCAUAAGAACAUCUGCUAAAUGACUAAAAUGUCAAAUGUAAAUGUUUUACAUACAGAUCUCAUAUUACUGUAUAGAUUUGUCUUUAAUGUUGCUGACACAAAUGUGUCAUUUGUACAGUUAUUUAUAAAACAUUUAGUUAUUUGUUACAUUUUACUGUGUAAAACCUAGCAGUACUAAUUUCUCUGAGAGUGAGGCAGAUACUGUACUGUAUAUAGCGUUUUGCAAAACCAUCAAGUGAUAGAUAUCAAACAAAUACGUCUGUCAUUGAACAACCCCAUGCCAUGAUUAGACAGUGAAAAAACACACACAUUUUUUUCAUACGUUCUUUAAACCAUAAAAGCUAAUUUACCAACAUUUCAGAAAAUGGUUAUAGAGCGUUUUGGAAUGAGACUCUUCAAAUAUUAAAAUUGUAUCUUCUUAUUUAGUUUUUUUUUCUCUCUGCAGAGCAAUGGUACUCACUUCAUCUAUCAGAACUCCAUCCAGGGUGAGGUGGACCUCCACGGAGGGGUUAUGGGGGUCAUCAGCCGUGAGAGGCACCUCAACCUGCGCUUCUGCUGCGAGUACCCCCUCUCCCAGUCCUUGUCCAUGACCAUGGAUCUCAACCCUCUGGAGAGGUCAGAGCAUCCUCUCAAACAGCCUAUGAUGACUGGAUUUUUAAUUGAUUUUAGCAUUGAAGUUCUCCUCCAGUCUCCUUUAAACCUCAAUUAACACCUGAUUUACUUAACAAAAGACACAUAUCAAUAGGUGGUCCAGGUCAGACAUGACACAAGUUGUUCCUCAAGCAAGGGGGAGGCUGAUGACAUCACAUCUGACCAUCAGACCAACUCCUUGAAUGCCCUAGUCCUUGAAGUUUGCAGUUGUGUCAGAAAAACACUAUUUUGCUCAAAACAGAUUUUUUUUACACUUUAGUGUGUGAACUUUACUAUAUUUAUACUUAGGAAAUAUCUUUUCAACAAGAAAAGUUUUUUAAAAAUACCUGGAGGAAGUAUUUAAGGCACAAGAGGCUGUGCUAGUACAGUAUAUCAUUGUUAAUAUACCCAGCUUUCCAUUGGUACCACGUUUAUUUAAAAAAUGCAGGUACAACCAGAGUUUCAAGGAUGCUUAAAGGUCACUCCGCCAUUUCCUGGUUGCUAAAAUUAUAAUAGUUAGCCUAAUUUAAGUUUAUGGGACAAAACAAGCAGUCAUUGUGUAGAGAAUCAUUGUACCAUCUAAACAGCUGUGAAAUAUAUUUUCCAUAACCAAAAAUAUAGUAUUUUCAGCUCUUUGAAGCUUGUGUACAAAACCGAAUGUAAAAGACGCAAAAAACGAAACUUAAGAACAGGAAGCAUAGAAAUAGCGCACAUAGAACAGAUCUACCACUUCUUAGACUUGCUUUCAAUGCAAAUGACAGAUAUAUAACUCACAUUUCUAUGUGAAUUUGGUCUGGUCGCCCGGUUGGGCUACAGGUGAUAAUGCUUAUUGCUAAAAGCACGUGAUAAUACAGACAGACCAUGCAUAGGCUAUAUGCAUUGUCCAAUAUGUUACAAAUAUAUUUUUUAACCAAUAUGUUAUUGGGCUCAUUUCUGGAGGUGGAAAUUAUAUUUUAGAUGGUGUCAGCAUCAUUUUAUUUUCAUUCAUUUUGGAGUAGAAUGUACUUCUAAAACGUCACCAGAACUGAGCUUCUCAGACUUACCUAAGCAAGGGUACUGGAAUAGAUCAAACGUGUAGUUGAAUACAUGUACAAUACAUGUACUCUUUCCCGAAAAGCAUGAUGGUCAUGACUUUUUUACAUGGAAGGUGAGGUUAACUAGGCCCCUCAGACAAUCGGUUUGAGAUCGACUUAUGUUUCAGGCAUGGGUUUUUUUUUUGCUUCAACAUGAUUCUUGUCUAGUUAUUCGAAUAACCUUUUGUUCUUCUGCUCCAUAGCAUUGUGACCAAGAAGCUUCCCUCUGGCAAGGGCCGCUACCGAAUCCGGAUGAUCCCGUACCAGGAUGCCGGCUUCCGCUACCCGUUAUCCGGUUCUCACAUCAACGUGGAAAUUGACCAGCAGAUCUACGUGGCCGUGCAGGUGGACGGAGUGGACGGUCGUCAGAUCUCCACUGUGCUGGACUCCUGUUGGGCCACGCCUGUGAACGACCCAAGCUACGCCGUCCGCUGGAAUCUUAUUGCUAGAGAGUAUGGAGACAUUAUGUUUAGCAGGGAAAUGUUAGCAUGUUCAGAGCCACAAAUUGUCCCCAUGUUAGGAAUAAGACAUUUGAAAGUGUAGGUUUGAAAUAAAAUAUGUCACCAAUUACCAUUGAAAAAAGAUAAAAACAAAACAAAAAUGGUAAUAUAUUUUACCUUAUGGUGGCGCCAUAGCCACGGGAAGUAGGGGUCCUGAAAAAUCUGAAUUCUACAAAACAUUGUCAGUUAAACAGGUUAUAAUUUCCUGGUCAACUAAAACGUUAUUUAUUUAACACUUGAUGGAACAAAAUACAGUGGGGGAAAAAAGUAUUUAGUCAGCCACCAAUUGUGCAAGUUCUCCCACUUAAAAAGAUGAGAGAGGCCUGUAAUUUUCAUCAUAGGUACACGUCAACUAUGACAGACAAAAUGAUAAUUAUUUUUCCAGAAAAUCACAUUGUAGGAUUUUUAAUGAAUUUAUUUGCAAAUUAUGGUGGAAAAUAAGUAUUUGGUCAAUAACAAAAGUUUCUCAAUACUUUGUUAUAUACCCUUUGUUGGCAAUGACACAGGUCAAACGUUUUCUGUAAGUCUUCACAAGGUUUUCACACACUGUUGCUGGUAUUUUGGCCCAUUCCUCCAUGCAGAUCUCCACUAGAGCAGUGAUGUUUUGGGGCUGUCGCUGGGCAACACGGACUUUCAACUCCCUCCAAAGAUUUUCUAUGGGGUUGAGAUCUGGAGACUGGCUAGGCCACUCCAGGUCCUUGAAAUGCUUCUUACGAAGCCACUCCUUCGUUGCCCGGGCGGUGUGUUUGGGAUCAUUGUCAUGCUGAAAGACCCAGCCACGUUUCAUCUUCAAUGCCCUUGCUGAUGGAAGGAGGUUUUCACUCAAAAUCUCACGAUUCAUUCUUUGCUUUACACGGAUCAGUCGUCCUGGUCCCUUUGCAGAAAAACUGCCCCAAAGCAUGAUGUUUCCACCCCCAUGCUUCACAGUAGGUAUGGUGUUCUUUGGAUGCAACUCGUCUGGCACUGCAGGAUUUGAGUCCCUGGCGGCGUAGUGUGUUACUGAUGGUAGGCUUUGUUACUUUGGUCCCAGCUCUCUGCAGGUCAUUCACUAGGUCCCCCCGUGUGGUUCUGGGAUUUUUGCUCACCGUUCUUGUGAUCAUUUUGACCCCACAGGGUGAGAUCUUGCGUGGAGCCCCAGAUCGAGGGAGAUUAUCAGUGGUCUUGUAUGUCUUCCAUUUCCUAAUAAUUGCUCCCACAGUUGAUUUCUUCAAACCAAGCUGCUUACCUAUUGCAGAUUCAGUCUUCCCAGCCUGGUGCAGGUCUACAAUGUUGUUUCUGGUGUCCUUUGACAGCUCUUUGGUCUUGGCCACAGUGGAGUUUGGAGUGUGACUGUUUGAGGUUGUGGACAGGUGUCUUUUAUACUGAUAACAAGUUCAAACAGGUGUCAUUAAUACAGGUAAUGAGUGGAGGACAGAGGAGCCUCUUAAAGAAGAAGUUACAGGUCUGUGAGAGCUAGAAAUCUUGCUUGUUUGUAGGUGACCAAAUACUUAUUUUCCACCAUAAUUUGCUAAUAAAUUCAUUAAAAAUCCUACAAUGUGAUUUUCUGGAUUUUUUUUCCUCAAUUUGUCUGUCAUAGUUGACGUGUACCUAUGAUGAAAAUUACAGGCCUCUCUCAUCUUUUGGGAGAACUUGCACAAUUGGUGGCUGACUAAAUACUUUUUUCCCCCACUGUAGUUGACAUAUUGAUAAUUGCUUGACUGUUAAACCAUCCUAAUGUAAUCACAUGUAAACACCAAAAUGAUAUUUCAUUUAGAAAGAUAAAAUAACAGCAUAACUUAUCAUUUACUUCCCCCUCCCAUUUCCUCCCGUUCUUUGUUUGCUCCAGGUGCCCUAACCCUGAGGACAGCACGGUGGAGCUAAUCCAAAAUGGCGUCUCCACAUCGGCCCACUUCUCCUUCCGGAUGUUCACCUUCACCAGGAACUCCUCCAGCGUCUUCUUGCACUGCCAGGUCCACCUGUGUCUGCUGCACCUCAACGACUGCACCACUGUGAGUCUCCUCCCCUUCCCAACAAACCUGGGCCAUGUUAAUUUAACGUUAAUUUCCUUUUGCAAAACGUUUGAAAACAUUGUGUAAGGCACAAAUGAAACACGUCCCAGGGUUAAAAGAGUAUUUGUUUACUUUUAAAUACUUUGAGCGUUUGAUUGAGCCUGUCUGGAGUGCCAGAUGGGUGUGUUUUGCUCUUUUUGGACCAUUCCAUUGUUGGUUCCAUUGUACCAGACAAGCUCAAAGCUUAACCUUAAAGCGGCAAUCCGCAGUUGAAACAAAAACAAAGUGUUUUCUCUGCCACUGUUUCGAUAAAAAGCUGAGGGAUGGGGCUGGAGAAAUGUAAACACUCUCAAAUUCAUAAACAGAGCAAUGGAUGCAAGUACUGACCAUCCAUGAUAUAAAAAGUAUAUUUCUAACCAUAUUUUGAGGCUAUACAGUGUUUGUUUUUUUACAUUUAAUUUAUUUACAAAAAUGUGUGUAAAACUAACUUAUAUUUUGGGGUUCUGAUGGGGUACAACAGUUGAACUAAGCUCAUGAGGCAUUCAUAAGUAAUAUUCGUCAAGAAUCAAUGGGUACAUAUCAUGAAUUUAUAAAUCCUAAAAUGGAUGUAGCAACUGCAGAUUACCCCUUUAAAUUGCAACUAAAUUAUUUUAAAAUUUACCCAGGUCUGCCCUCCACACACACCGGAAGUCAAGCAUCCUGUUGAUGCAGAAAAUAUAUAUUUUUUUAUAACAAUGCACUUUUAUUGAACUUCUUUGACAUUUUUCUCCAACAUCGGCUGAAGUUGUGUACAUCUCACCUAGAUAAUCAUCUCACAUUUGUGAGUUAAUGUCAAAAGCCAAGACAACCACUUGCAAAUAGCUAAAUGUAAAAAUAUGUUAUGGAAUCAUCCUACAUAAGUUUCACUUGUUUACAAACAGUAGUCAUUUGGAGGAAACUCUAGUAGUCCAUAGCCUAAACAUGGUAAUACAGUCUGCCGUCUUGUUUCUGUGUCCUGCAGCACUGCUACCCUGGAUACCACCACAGAGGACGCAGGGAUGUGUCCUUCCAUGACAACGCUGCCAUUUCCAUGGGACCUCUGGUUUUGAACGGAAGAGACAGAGGUAAUAUUUAUCACUGUGUAAUUCUGGCCUUAAAAUACCACUAUUUAAUAUUUUAAACAGGAUACACAAUAUGAUAUACCGUACCAAUUGCAUAAAUUGAAAAUAACAUACCACAGCAUUGUUGAAUACUCGUUUCUGAUUGGCUAGAAGGGCAUUCUAGAAUAGACAUUAAAACCACAUAACGGGACAGUUAGAAAAUAUAUUGGGACAGUUGGAAAAUAUAUCUGGACACCUUGCAAUCAUGACGCAACAUGCGUCUAUACAUGCAGACCGUACUUGCUAUAAAGUUACUGAAAGCUAAACCAACAACCACACAAACCGAAAUUGGAUAAACGCAAGUCCAAGAAAUAAAAACUUAGCUAGCUAGCUAGCUAGCAAUUGAUUUGUUUUUGCAGAGACAUUUCUUUGGUAACUCUGGUAUAAGUGGGAUAAACGCCUCCGUUCUGUACAUUACCUUGGAAAAAUUAACUUCACAAAGGGACUGGGCUCCGCCUCUUCCCGAUGUGUCAACCACUAUUUCCAAGGUAAUGUACAGAAGGUCGGCGUGUAUCCCUUACGUAUUACAUGUGCUUCCAGGGUUGCCAUGGUGUCUAGUGGCAUCCUUGGUAGUUUACUCCUGUGAAUGUAUCUAUAAUUAUUUGUUUUAAGUGUUUUUUAUGUGCAUUAUUUUGAUCAACUUUUUAUUAAUUUGAAAGCUAAUCAAGUUCUGAAAUAAAAAAUGUAGUUAUCUAAACCCGAAAACGUUAAACUAGACAAGAUAUUAGCCUACUUCUCCAAUCAACUAGCUAAUCGUUUGGAUUCGAAAACCAGCCUAGAUCUUCCUUGCAUCUCUUCUCAUCUGAUUAUCUCAUCUCCUGGACCGAAGGCAGGAUCAAAUAUUAAGAAAUGGCAGCAACUUUCCUCCAUUACACACAAGGAUUCCUCAGAAGUUUUGAACAGAUUAAAACAACUCUGUGCAAGGAGCUCAAGAACAACCUUACGCAAUACGGAAUCCUACGGAAAACAUGCAGACGGCGAGGACGACAAGGCCAUAGGAAACUGAUCAGCAAGUUCAAGUCUAUAGUGUGCACUCACAGUGCAAGCAGUACAGCAUGCACACUGGAGUUGGACAAUAAAGAUCACUUGCCAAUUCUGCAGGCUGACCCUCAGGCAAUUGAUGUCACCCACUCCAAGCCAAUACAAUCCAUACAGACCACAGUGGACCAACCAAAAUGCAAUGGAUCUGUUUCCACCUUGCACUCUACAAUCUACAACCCUUAACGAACACAUCUCCUCUGUAUGACAAUGACUUUGACAUGAUCUACCUAACAAAACAUGGCUCAGAGAGGGUGACUUUUACCAUCUUAAUGAAACAGCUCCGCCUGGAUACAAAUACAUCGAAAAGGCGUGCAGCCAUGGCUGCAGUGGAGGCCUUGCUGUUUUAUACAAAGACUGCUUUAUUUUAAACCCACUGACUGUUGCUGAUUUUCAGUAUUUUGAGUGCCUUGCUUUUAAAUGUAGACAACUACAGUUUGUUUACCCCUGAUCUGACUGUAUUGACUUUAACAUCCAUGUUGACUCGAGCGCUCUGUGGCUGCUGACUUCCUUAACUUGCUGGACUGUCUAAACGUUGUGCAACAUCUAAAUGUUCCAACCCACAACCGUGGACACAUAUUGGACCUCAUAAUCACUGCCGAUGUCCCUGCCUCUGACUUGGAUGUCGUCGAGCUAGGCGUCUCUGACCACAAUGCUGUGACACUGUCUCUGACCGCUCCAACUCCUCUCUACCGCCCAAACAGGACCAUUCAAUUCCGCAACCUGAGGAAACUUCACACACACUCAGAUAUUAUAACAUCAACUUCCACUGUUACACUGACGAAACCAGAUUUACAUUAACACAAAACCGGACACCAUCGCUGCCCUAGCAAGACUCAGCAGCUGCCUAGAGGACAUCAGGGCAUGGAUGAAAGAGAACUUCCUCCAGUUGAACAGUAGCAAGACUGAGGCUAUGCUUAUUGGGACACCCAAACAGGUCACCAGGCCUGGAAACAUCUCCCCUACAAUCAACGGCCAGGCAAGCCACCUGUCCUCUGUCAUCUCCAACCUAGGAGUCAAGUUUGAUCAUUCUCUGUCCUUCGAUGCACACAUAAAACAAAUGUGUAAAAUAUAAUUUUUCCAUUUUAAAAACAUUGCCCGGGUCAUACCAUCACUCUCCCAGCCAGAUGCAGAGAAACUCAUCCACACCUACAUCUUCUCUCGGAUCGACUACGGCAAUGCGCUGUUUGGGUGCCCCCAGGCCAAAUUAUUACAUAGGCUCCAACUAAUCAAGAACAGUGCUGCCAGGGUCCUGACCAGGACCAAGAAGUCAGACCACAUUACCCCGAUCCUCACCCAACUCUGAGAGUCUCUCCAUCACUCAGAACUUUUAAAACGGGCCUUAAAACCCACUGUCUUUUUCAUAGUCCUUGUCCCAAUCUUAAAUGUAUUUAGCACCUAGCUCACUAUCGCUAUUUUACCUGCCUUGAUUCUAAUUGUAUUUGUUUUUAUUCUAUAUAAUUUUGUAUUUUCUUCCUCAGUAGAGCUUUAAUGAAAAGCGCUAUACAAAUUACAUGUAUUAUUAUUAUUAUUACUACUUUGUUCAGCAUUAUUCUUUUUUGGACUAACUGAUCUCUGAUCUGUUUUGAUUUCUCCUCAGAUAUGUGGAUUCCAAUACCAGAGAGAGUGAGUGGAGCCCCGGGUCAGAUUGGCUCCCUGGUGACCCUGCUGCUCUCUGUCCUCCUGAGUGUCACAACACUGAUCUAGGACCAAUCUGUCUGUAUGGCAAACCCAGGCUUGGGUCUGUCCGGUUACAAAAUAAUCAGCUAAUGACUGUAUUACUGAAGAGACAUUGUAGAGUGUGUGUUGAGGUGUACAAUGAAGUAGAACAACCUUCACAAUGAUAUUGUUAUUGGUAAUAUAGUGAUAAUGUUUGAGUGAAGGGACAGUGUGUGUUGAAGUCGAUAUAAAUAUACAGUGAUAUUGUGAAAUAUUGUUAAUUAAUCGUUUGAUUUAGUGCAAUCAAUUCCCCCUCCUGCAAAUUUAAAAUGUGUUUACCUGUUCAACUUUUUGGUCUCUGGAUAUAGGCUACUAAUAUUCUCAAUUCCGGAGCAUUUAAAAUUCCAUGUUUUGAUAGGUCAACCAUGAAACCAUGUUAUCCAUAUGUAGAAAAUGUUUUAUGGUUAAUGUCUCCUUGCCAGGAGAGGGUGUAAUCAUUUUAUAGAAUACUUAUCUUGGGAAAAGGUUAUUGGGGUUCAUGCAUGUUCCAGGGUUGUCUUUGAACUAGCAUUUUGAUGUAUGACAUGUUUUAUGUGGAACUAGCAGUUGGAAAUUAAAUAUGAAUCAUUGAAGACAGAAGUUGUUGGGCUCAUCUUUAUAUCC